AUGGCCGAGGCCACCAGUCCGGGCCUACGUCGUGUUGUCGUCACCGGAAUGGGUAUCACGUCCUGUUUGGGUAACACCUUGGAAGAAGUUACCGACAGUUUGAAGAACGCCAAGUGUGGGAUAACCUUUGCGGAACAGUGCGCCGAGCUCGGUAUCAAAUCCCAAGUCCGCGGCAUUCCCAACCUCACCGACGAAGACAUCAAGGCCCUCAUUCCCAAAUCCGCGCUCCGUUUUUGCGGAAUCAAUGCUCAGUACGCCUACAUCGCCAUGGACCGGGCCAUUCAAGAUUCCGGUAUGGCCGACGACGUUUAUCAAGAAAACCCACGGGUGGCCGCCAUUAUCGGACAGGGUGGGACCUCCAUUCCCGAUAUCGUGGAAACCGUUGAAGCCGUGCAGGGCGGUAACAAGCGGUGGAAGAACAAGGUGGGACCCUUUCGAGUCACCCGCUCGAUGGGGUCAACCUGCUCCGCAGUGCUAGCCACCAACUUUAAAGUGCAAGGCCCGUCCUUCAGCAUCUCCUCCGCCUGCUCCACUGGAGCACACUGUAUUGGGACUGGAUUUGAACAAAUUCAACUGGGCAAGUCAGAUAUCGCCUUUUGUGGAGCCGGUGAAAGCGUCAAUUGGGAAGUCACCAGUAUGUUCGAUUGCAUGGGUGCUCUCAGCACAAGCUACAACGAAACGCCCGAAAAGGCCUCCCGUGCCUUCGACAAGAACCGCGACGGUUUCGUCAUUGCCGGAGGAGGUGGUAUUCUUGUCUUGGAAGAGCUGGAGCACGCCAAGGCCCGUGGAGCCAAGAUUUACGCCGAAUUGACGGGAUACGCAGCCAACUCGGACGGCUACGAUAUGGUCGCUCCCUCUGGUGUUGGUGGACAGCGCUGCAUGGACCUCGCGAUGGCCGACGCUGCCCGCAACUCGGGCAAGGAUAGUCCUGUGGAAUACAUCAAUACGCACGGAACCAGUACUCCCGUGGGCGAUGUCAUGGAAUUGGGUGCUAUUAAGACUUUGUUCACCGAAAAGGGAUACCAACCGCAAGUCGGUUCCACUAAGUCUUUGUCCGGACACGCUCUCGGUGCAGCGGGUGUGCACGAAGCGAUCUAUACCAUUCUCAUGAUGAACAACGAUUUUAUGGCCGAAAGCGCCAACAUCGAGGACUUAGUCGACGAAGCCGAGGGCAUGAACAUUCUGACCAAACGUAAGGACGGUCCCUUCCAUCGAGCCAUGUCCAACAGUUUCGGCUUUGGUGGAACCAACUGUGCCUUGGUAUUCGACAAGUACGAAGAGUAG